AUGGCGUCUAAGAAAAUGAGAGAGCGACGAAAUCAGGACAAUGCAAUUCCUGUUGCAGAACCCGUAGUGACUCCAAUCGCUGGUAACCAGCCAUACGGGACCAUUUCGGCAGCGUAUGCUCGCCAAUCAUACGAGCCAGGUUAUGCCACUGCUACACCAGCUUAUGGCAGAUAUUACGGCCAGAGCAGAGGUCGAGGUGGCAUGGGAGCUGGCACCGGUGCAGCACUGGGUGGUACAGCUGGUCUUCUCGGUGGAAUGAUGCUUGGAGGGGCGCUAGCUGAUCGUGGUAACUCCUAUGGUGACAGAGGAGGCUAUGGCGGCGGUGGGGGAGGCUACGACGGCGGUGGGGGAGGCUACGACGGCGGUGGGGGAGGCUUUGACGGCGGUGGAGGAGAUUUUAGCGGAGAUUUUUGA